UCCUACACUGGAUGUGCUUCACAGGUUUUCUUUUUUGUAUUCUAUGGUGUAACAGAGCAUUACCUCCUGACUAUCAUGUGCUACGACUGCUACGUGUCCAUUUGCAAACCCCUGCACUACGGGACCCUCCUGGGCAUCUUCAGGGUUGUGCUAAGGAUCCCGUCUGAGCAGGGAUGGCACAAAGCCUUUUCCACCUGCCUUCCUAACCUGGUUGUGGUCUCUCUGUUCAUCAGCACUUCAGUGAACUAA